UGGUUUUACACGUUCAUUAAAUGCUAGCGACAUUUGCCUGUGCAUCCGUAGCAUCCACGGUAGGCCCAGCUUAUUAGCGAGAAAAUCAACUUCGGCACCAUCACUUGUUGUCCCGCGAUUCUUCCCAAAGCUCGCUGAGGCCACACAGAGCUAAUGAGUGCAGCCUUCGGUGGCCCGCGCGGCUCGGGAUCAAAAGCGCCUGAGAAGGGCGUUUUCCCUCUGGACCACUUUGCCGAGUGCCAGAAGGCUGCACGCACCUACUUGGCAUGUUUGGAGGAGCACGACCAGGACGCAUCGCGCUGUAUAGACCUGUCAAAGGCCUACCUCGAGUGCCGCAUGCAGAGGGACCUGAUGGCGCAACAGGACCUCAAGGAGCUCGGGUUGACGCCGGUGAAGCCGCUGGGGGCGGACAAAGGGCCGGACUCCGGCAACUUGCGAUGAAAGCGGCCUUGUCGUCGUUCUAGAAGGGCACAAGCGCCGUAGCAGCAGGCGGGCGGGCAGGCAGUCAGGCAGUCAGGCAGGCAGGCAGGCAGGCAAGCAAUGGAGGUGCGGACCGGCGGGCAGUUUGGAGGGAGGUAUCGGGCGCAGGCAAGGCAGUGGUUCGUUUGCGUCUGGGGGUUACGUUGACGUGGGUGUCCUUCAGGCGGGCCCAUACAGUACGGAAUGCGCUGGGGCGGGUCUGAGCGAGUGGGUUGCAGGUGGUCCUCGCCCCAAUUCGCGGGCCAAUUCCCUCGCCAUCACAGGCGAGGUUGAGGGAGGGGGGAUGGCGCAGUCAGGACUCAUGGUACGGCCCCCGAGGGUUGCAAGCGGCAUCAUGGCGGAGAGGGUGGAGAGAGAGCACUGAGGAAUGGGCGAAGCUUAUGGAGGUUGGUAGCACUGUGACUUGAUGAGUCAUCCAGAUGCAACACCCCCGCAUGAGGGAUCCAGAUGCAACACGGGAAGAAUACCGAGCCAUCCUCGUGGCUGCCAGGUUGCUGGUGCUUACAGUAGAAAUGCGCGGCCGUUUUUCUGGGAGCCGAGGGGCCAGAGCACGACCCGCACGCUAGCUUUUGCGGUGAAGUGGCGGCGACACUGCAACUUGAGGCUCCUAGACAGGCCCGUCAUGUCUUGAGCUUGCGGUCAUCAGAGGGGUGGUAUGGGGUAUAGGAUUGGUCCCGCCGCCGGCACCAGAGUUGUGCAUAGACCUAGGAGGCCCCGAGGGAAGUGGUCACAGCUGUCGCAGGCACUGAUGUGCGUAGUGCGGUACUACGAGCAGAGAGCCUGGGCCAGGCCUUGGCGGAUGCCGCGGGGGGCAGCUGGCAGGCGAAGGCAACGAAGGAGUGAAGCCUGUUGAGGUUAUUGAUCUCGAGUACGAUGAUCGGCGGCGUAUGCAGCUCGCUUGGUCUUGUAACGGUUGUGGAGCGGUAAGGGAUGGGCGGACUUGGCGGUUAGUCUUGUAACGGUGGUGGAAA